AUGCUCAAAUUUCUUGUGUUUACCUCUCUCGCAGCCCUCGUGCUGGCUGAGCGGCCUCCAGAGCCCAGGUACCUGGAGGAUGACAGCGUCGAGGAGAGAGUUGUGGGAGGAGAGGUGGCCAGACCCAACUCCUGGCCCUGGCAGAUCUCUCUUCAGUUCAAAUCUGGCAGCAGCUUCCACCACACCUGCGGAGGAACCCUGAUCAGGAGAGGAUGGGUCAUGACCGCCGCUCACUGUGUGGACAGAUCCAGGACUUGGCGUGUUGUUCUUGGAGAGCACAACCUCAACGCCCAGGAGGGCAAAGAGCAGUACAUGAGCGUGAGCCGCGUCCACAUCCACCCCAAUUGGAACUCCAACAACGUUGCCGGAGGGUGGGAUAUCGCUCUGCUGCGUCUGUCCUCUGAUGCCUCUCUCAACAGCGACGUCCAGCUCGCCGCUCUUCCCCCCAACGGUCAGGUCCUGCCCCACAACAACCCCUGCUACAUCUCUGGCUGGGGUCGCACCCAGACUGGAGGUCAGCUGUCUGCCCAGCUGAAGCAGGCCUCCCUGCCCAUUGUUGAUUACAAGACCUGCACCAGCUAUGGAUGGUGGGGCAGCACUGUGAAGAACUCCAUGGUCUGUGCUGGUGGUGGAAGAAACUCUGGUUGCCAGGGUGACUCCGGUGGCCCCCUGAACUGCAGCGUGAACGGGAGCUGGGUCGUCCACGGGGUUACCAGCUUUGUGUCGUCCGCUGGCUGCAACGCCACCAAGAAGCCCACCGUCUUCACCCGUGUCUCUUCCUACAUCAGCUGGAUGAACAGCAUCAUGGGUUGAGAAGAAAAAUUAUCUCCAUGGAGACGGGAGCCCACUCUGGAUUGAUCUCCGUUUUUUGCAUGUUC